AAAUUUUUGUUGUACCAACAAAUAUAAUAUAUUUAGCAGGAAGUUCAAUCAAUACAAAGGGAGACGGCUAGGGAGGAACUUAGUAGGAGGUUUCACACAAGAACCCUACAGAUUCAAUGGUAAUUUUAAAAAUUAACGAGAAGAGAGAGACUGAAGGAUAAUCCAUGGGCUUACAAAUCCAAAAGCAUAAAUGCAUUUGUAGUAUGGAGCUCUGAAUACAACAAACAGUGAGCAAUGAGUUGGGAUACAGACACUUUUGGGCUCAAGUUGGUGCAACAGAAGGUGUGGGCCUAGCAUCUUCUCGUAUCUUUUCAUACAGCUGCAACCCAUGAAUUCACACAAGCAUACGAUCUCAUUAAGUCAACAGCUAGAGUACUACAGGGAGUAUCAGCUUAGGGUGCUGGAAAUUGCAGGGAGAUCAAAUGCUUCAACAAUAAUAUCUGCUGCAAUCUACUUUCUUAGUGCUGGGAACAGUGACUUUCUUCAAAACUAUUACGUUGAUCCUCUUCUUCAAGUCGCCUAUUCUUUUGAUCGCUUCUCAAACAUUCUUGUGCAAUCCUAUACAAAUUUCAUUCAGGGCCUAUAUGCAUUGGGAGGGAGGAUGUCUUGGCUAUGGAAGACUUUCUCUGCCAUGGAGGACUCUGCAUCUGCAGAGUUCUCUACAUUGGGGAUACUGCUACAUCUUCAUAUUGUUUCUUAUGAACUUUAGGUAAUCAAACUUGUCACUAAUGAUAGUUCAAAGAUAAUGUUAUUUAGUAAAAUGUUAUACAACUGCCAUACAAUUUGAUGAUGUGAUAGUGACUCUUACAAAAAAUCCUAAGUAGUUGUCUAGAAGCUUACUAAAUAUCAUUACUCUAGUUCAAAAUGGAUGCAGAUAUUUUCCUGGUAAUGGAAAUGAUUAGCACACUGACCUCUUCAGUGUUGAAUGGGUCAAAUUGUAAGAUCC